AUGGAUACUCCGGUUCCAUACUUACUUGCCGGAUCUCUACUGGAGGAAGUAAGAUCAGCUUCCGAUUUACAUCCACAAAUUACAACAUUAAAUCAACUUUUCCUAAAAUAUUUAAAAGAACCAAGAUAUCAGUCUCCCCUCACAAUAGAUGAGUUAUCUGAUUUAUUUCAAUACUUUUAUCGAGAUUUGAAAUCAUUAAUCGUCAAUAUAUUUACUCAAUCAAAUUCUACUAAGAAACUGUUGAUCGCUAGUUCUAAUUAUUUUAAUAGUAAUCCUAAAAAGUUUGAUUACCUUCUUGCCAUAGCCAACUAUAGUUCUUCUUCAAUAAAAUUAUUAAAAAGAUCUGAUCCAGAUGCUUUAUUACAAUUAAGAAUAUUUAAUUAUUAUAAGUUUUUAAUCAUUUUUGAAAGUUUAGAAUCUGCUCAGUUAAAUUUAUUUAAUUCUAUUAAUAAUGAUGAUAUAAAAUUAUAUGAUAAAAUAUUUAGAUUUGAUCAAAAGGAUAUAAUUUAUCAAGAAUUCUUAACUGAGAAAUUAGCUAAUUUAAAAGCCUUAAAAUUACCUUUCAGUCAUUUUAUAGAGAGCCAAAAUAGUGGUGAUGAUACAGAAAAUAAUGAAAAAUUAAUUAAAUUUAUAAAUUCAAUUACUAAGGUUGAUCUUAUCGUAAUUCAAAAACUUUUUAAUGAUUUAAAUUGUAAAAAUUUAACACCAUAUUCAAAAUUAUCUAGCAUUGUAUCCAUUCAUAAAUUAUUAAUUAAAAUAUUUGUUAAGAGUGGACAAUUUAAAAAUAGUCAAAUUAAUAAUGAUAUAUUAUUACCAACUUUAAUUUAUUUCAUAAUUUAUAAAUUAAAUACUAAAGAUUUAUUUUUAAAUUUUAUGUUCAUUAAAAAUUUUUUAAAUUUGAUAGAUCCUUAUAAAAUUGAAAUUUAUCCUUUAAAUUUAUAUUCUUCAUCAUCUUAUAAUCCUUUAACAGAUAAAACUCAAAAUAAAUAUUUUAAACAAGGUAAUUUAUUUGAAUUUUUAAAUAUUAAUACCACUGGAGUUGAUAAUAAUAAUGAAGAUUCUUCUCAUGAUUCAUCAUCUGAUGAAUUCUUUGCUGAUGAUAAAGAAUUAAUUAAUUAUUUAUCAGAAACUUAUCUUAAUAGUGGUGAAUUAAAUUAUUAUUUAACUAAUUUUGAAGCCAUAAUUGUCUUCUUAUCAAAUAUAACCGUUAAUGAAUUAAUGUCUCAUAAUGCAUCAUUGGAUCAAUCAAUACCUUCAAAUCUUGAAUCAACUACUAAUAAAUUACUUACAACACCCAUAUCAAAAUUAGUAGACGAAGAAUUAUUAACCCAUUUUCAAUUUCCUGAUGGGAAAUUAAAAGAAGAAAUUCAACAACAGAAACUGAAUGAAGGACAAACUGCAACGUCAACAAAUACACAUUCAGUAACAGCAUCAGCACUUCUGCAGUUAUCAUCAUCUGAAUCGGAACAUAAUCAAACCCAAACUCAAACACAAACUCAAAGUAGAUCGAGAUCUUCCUCCAUUCUUAAUACUAUAUCCAAUAAAAUUUCUGAAACAAGAACGAGAUCAAACAGUUCUAUUAUGAAUACUUUAAAACCUUCCAACCAAUUACUUAAAGAAAAUUUUCCAAGUUUAAUGGAUACCAGUACUACAGAAUCAUCAAGUCAAACUGAUUCUUUAGAUUUAAAUAGUGGUUUCAACAUGAUGAAAAAUAUAUUGGGUAGAUUUAGUUCUUCAGUACUGGUUCUGCAGUUCUCUCAUUCUCAACCCCCUGACUUCUUUGGACCGCUUCCCCAAUCAGAUGAGUUUCUUAAUUCAGGUUUGGAAUCGACUAGUCCUCAAAGAAGAUCAACAUUAUUAAUCAAUAAGAUUUCACCCCACCAUUCCAGAACAAGGUCUUCAUCAUUGGAAACUGCUUUAAAUGGAGGAGGAUCUGCUUCCACCAUUAUUAAUGGUGUACAUAGUAAGAGGAAUUCAAUUACAGCUAAAUUAACUAAUGGAGUUUCUGAAUUUAUGACAAAAUUGAAUAAUCCACCCCCACAAAAUCAACUGAUUGCUUCCAGUUCAUCCACUGGUUCGGUAUCUUUUCAAACACAACCGCAACCGCAACCACAAUCAAAUGUAGUGAUACCUACUCAAGUCGUAACUAAUAACAUUAAUAAGAAUAUUUCCAAUAGUUCGUUGCAUUCCUUAGAUAAUGAAAAUUUGGAGUCUAUUUCUUCAAAUAACGCAACAACUCCCUCUAAAAGAAGUGAUUCUAGAAGUAGAGGGACAAGUUUACAGAUAAUGGACAAAUUUUUCAAUAACAUUAGUCAACAAUCUCAGAAGUUUAUGAUGCCAUCUGGUACUUCCUCAAGUGUAUUUGAUCAACAAUCGCAUCAACAACAACAGCAACAGCAACCGCAGCAACAACAGCAUCAACUUCUGCAUUCCACUCAUCCAUCGAUCUCUGAUUUAUCAAGUAAUACAUUAUUUAAAUAUCAUAAUGUUGAUUUUGAUUCAUUAACUAUCAAAGAUUUGAAGGAACUUAAAGGAUUUUAUGAUCAAUUAUGCUCACAGUUCUUGAUAGUUCCUUCUACUCCAAUCGCCUUAACGAAUAGUGGUAUUGAUAAUGCCCUGUCUACAUCAAAUUCUAUACAUCAAGUUAAUUCUGUGAGAAAUGCUUCUACAAGUUCUUCAAUUUCAGAAGAGGAUGAGCUAGAAGAAGAAAUUAGAGGCUCUGUAGAUCAUAGAAAUAUAACAGCAAAUGACGCAGAAGCGGAAGCGGAAGCACAAGCACAAGCAGAAGCAGAAGCCGAACUUGAGACAGAAGGUGAAAUAGAUAUUGAACCUGAAGCAGAAGAAGAUACAACUUCUAAUGGAGAUUCAGGAAGUGAUGAAGUUGCUAGUGGAGAAACUAUUGCUAGUGAAUCUUUAACACUGGAUGGUAAAUUGGUUGUACUUCAAAACAUAGAGUCAGUAAUUGCAUCACCAGCUAUUGAUUCAGUUUAA